AUGACAAUAAAAUAUUCUAAACCAAUGAUUAAAAAUGAAUCAAUGAACAGAUAUGGUCCACUGGUUGGAGCAAUCGAUGAAGGAACCAGCAAUGUGAGAUUUAUGGUGUUUGCAGCAGACACUGCUGAAGUAUUGACAUAUCACCAGACAACGAUACCGCUGUUGAAUCCUGAAGAAGGAUGGGUUGAACAGGAUCCUAUUGCUAUUAUAAACGCUGUGAGAGAAUGUCUGAAACAAACAGUAAUUAAUCUCGAGCAACUUAGGAUAGAUCCGGCAGAUAUAGUUGCUAUUGGAGUGACAAACCAACGAGAGACAACACUAGUUUGGGAUUAUGUCACUGGGGAGCCAUUAUACAACGCCAUAGUAUGGAUGGACACGCGAACUUCAGUAAUUGUUGAUGACAUAUUAAAAGGAAUUCGUAAUAAAAACAAAAACUACCUCAAGCCGCUAUGUGGUUUACCAAUAAGCCCUUACUUUAGUGCAUUAAAAUUAAAAUGGUUGUUAAAUAAUGUACCUAGGGUACAAGAAAGUAUUGAUAAUAAACGUUGUAUGUUUGGUACAAUUGAUUCAUGGAUUAUUUGGAAUUUAACUGGUGGAGUAAAUGGAGGCGCACACAGUACAGACGUUACCAAUGCAUCACGUACAAUGUUAAUGAACAUAACGACCUUAAAAUGGGAUACAACUUUACUUUCAUUUUUUAAUAUUCCGAAAGAAAUAUUACCGCAGAUACGCAGUUCUUCGGAAAUUUAUGGAUUUAUUCAUGAUGAUAUGCUUAAAGGUGUACCGAUAUCGGGUUGCUUAGGUGAUCAGCAGUCUGCGUUGUUAGGGCAAAUGUGUUUACAACGUGGUAAAGCUAAAAGUACAUAUGGUACUGGAUGUUUUCUUCUUUAUAAUACAGGGACUUCGAUGGUACAAUCUAAGCACGGCUUAUUAACCACGGUAGCUUAUCAAUUAGGACCAAAAUCACCGCCAAUUUACGCCCUAGAGGGCUCAAUAGCCAUAGCAGGAAUAAUAUUAGAUUGGUUGAGAAAUAAUCUAAAUAUAUUUAUUGAUAGUUCUAAUGAUACUGAGUGCAUUACUCAUAAACGUUCAACGAUGGACGUUACAUUUGUACCAGCAUUUACAGCUUUACAAGCUAUUUGCUUUCAAAUCCGCGAUAUUUUAGAGUCUAUAAAAAAGGACACAGGCUUCACAUUAGGAAAACUGCUUGUUGACGGAUCCAUGACCAGUAAUAAUUUAUUAAUGCAAAUGCAAGCUGAUAUUUGCGGUAUUCCAGUUGUCAGGCCUUUGAUGAGUGAAACUUCAGCGCUGGGGGUUGCGAUUGCUGCUGGCUGUGCCGAUGGGAUUAAAGUUUGGGAUCUCAAAGUAGAUACCGCUGUGCCAAGUGAUAUUUUCAUGCCAAUGAUUGUUGAUGAUGAACGAGAUAUUUUGUAUGAACAGUGGAAAAUAACUGUUGAAAAAAGUUUCGGCUGGGAAUCUUCCGAUGAUGCAAAGUAUGAUGCUUCCACAGAUAUUUAUAGAAUAACCUCAGGUGGAAUCUUCGCUUUAAGCACAAUAAUUAUUUUAGCAAUAGCUAAAUAUCGAUCGACCGUAUGA